AUGACGUCCCCGACUCCCGCCUCACCCGCCGACAAUAUCCUCAUCCUCAACACCCUCAAAUCCUCCGUCCCCACGAUCCUCUCCUCGGCCGGCCACGCCUUCUCCGCCCUCACCAACGCACCGCUCCCCUCCCCCCCGGCACCCGACCAAACCCCCCUCGACGCGCACAAGACCAUCUUCCGCGCCAACACGACCACCUUCUUCACCCUCGUCAAGCAGCUCGGCGACACGCUAAAGGAGCAGGCGGCCGCGCUCGAAGAGGCCGGCAUCAUCCCCGCCGAGGCGCCGAGAUUUGGCGUCUCGGAUGGCGCGAGCGCGGCGGGGGAGGUUACGAAUGGGGGGUUGGGGGAUCUAGAUGUUGGGUGGUUGAACUCGAGGAGGGAUGAGGUUGGGAAGAGGAAGUAUAUGGAGUUGAUGAAGGAGGUGAGGAGGGAGCUUGAGGGGAUGGUGCAAGGGGAGCAGGGGAGGGAUGACGAGAUGAUGGAGGGCGUAUGA